AUGACUACAUACAACGAUGCUCUUGAAGAAUCCAUAUCUAUGUUCUUUGAUGAGAACUUUAAUCCCAAUAUCUACAUUGACCAACUAAUAAACAGCGUAGCUCAAGAUCAAACAUAUUCGAAAACUUCAUUGACAAAACUUUCCCAUACAAUGAACCAAUUGGUUACACAUUUAGACUUUAGCAUCACAGAUAUAGCUAAUAAUGAGCUAAACAGUAACUUGCAAUUAUUAGAGAAUUCGAGUCUAAUUAUGAACACUACUCGCUAUACUAUUGACAAUAAUAAUGACAACGAUGACGACGAUACAUACAUUGACAAAGAGGAAAAGGAAAAAGAAAAGGAAUUGGAACUGGAGAAUGAGAAGGAGACGGAAAAACAUGGUAGUCUUAAAAACAUACAUCACCAGGAUCUGUUAAAUGAGUUGACAACACGAUUGCAGUACUAUCUCAAUAUUCUAAACACAUCGAUAUUGUCCUUCAGUACUGAACUUGGGGAAAUAAAUGACGCAUUGAACAAACAAGAUGAAGAUCCUCAUAACGAAUCUAUACAGACCUUGUUACAACUAAAACAAGUGAAACAAAACCUAAUAGAUGUUAUGCAAGUCUUUGAGCAAAUAAGUAGUUCGUUAUCGCAGUCAAGCAGUAAAAUUAGUAACAUAAGCGAAAAGGCAAACAUAACCUACUCGACAGAUGAAUUCCAACGAUGUUUAAAUCAACUAUUUGACCUAAUAAAAGCUCGGCUUGAUAAAACAACACAAACAGACAAUGAGUUAGUUUCUUCUAUCGACAACUUUGACAAGUUGCAGUAUUUAUUUAGUAAUUUGGUUCAUUUCAAUCCGAUUUACAAGAAAUUUGUCUCACGAUUAAACACGGAAAAGGACCAAUACCUAACACGUACUGGUACAUAA